AUGGACUCGCCAUCGUCGUUUAACACCGCCACCGGCCGAUCUCGGUCGUCGUCGGAGGCCGACCCCGAUGUUCAUGUUGCCCAGUUCCAGACCUACAAUAAGUAUGUUGAGUCUGUGGCGGCAGGGGGUUCUGUCUCUUCUUCGCCGCCCCAUCAUGGAUAUGACUCUGUCACCGCCACUCCAACCAUCAAUGACGUGGCCUCUCCCACCUCUCCCUCCAGCAUGUACUCUGAUUAUGGUCGAAUGACCCCCGGCAACACUCCUGGAGGAACUCCUGGAGGCACUCCGGCGAUGAGUGCAAACGGAACCGGCGCCGGAGACACGAACGGGGUCGCCACAAACACAAACAGAGGGGGCCACGAUCCCCGCGACCUCCACGGCCUCCACGGCGUUGGUGGUCGAGAAGAGCCGGGUUCAGCAAUUGGACUCGGGUUCGCAGGGAUUCCCCGAUCUGGACUUCCGUUCAAUUACGACGCCGAAGUCAGGCAUUAUGAAGAUGAUGGAGAUGAGGGUGAGGAUAACGCGGGUGAGGUUGACAUCGGUGAUACAGGUGACAUGGGUAACAUGAAUGACGGCAUUGACGACGACGACAGUUAUGCUAAUCACAUGAUCGCCAACACCGACAGCACCGACAGCACCGACAACACGUCCCACGUGACCCCCGUUACCUCCCAUGCACCCAUAUCUUACCCCCCGUCGCCCAUCCCCGGGGCCUUUCCCGACAUUGACUCGGAGAAAUACACCAUGGGGGCCAACGUGAGCAGCGACCAAAGUGACAUUCAGAAGUUUGUGAGCAGUCACGACCCCACUCACGUGAGCAGUCCUGGUCGUGGCGACGUUUCUACGGGCAACGUUUCUACGUCGCUGGGCCACUAUUCGCCCGCCACUCACGACUCGGACGUGGAUCACGUGGAGUCUUCUCCGGGAGACUUUGGAGUCCGCGAGUUGGAGCGUGAUCUUCCACGUGACGAGUCCACGCCAGCGACAUAUGCCAUUGGAGGGGCUGGGGAUGGAGUGUCUGGGGAUGGAGGGGCUGAGGAUGGAGUGACUGGAGGGACAGGAGUAACUGGAGGGACAGGAGUAACUGGAGUGACAGGAGUGACAGGAAUGUCUUACGGAGCACUCGCUGAUGCUCGUGCUCCGGACUCUCCUUCUCAGUCCCGCGUAUCGCGAUUCUCCUUUUCCGACCGUUCACCCAGCAAAUCCGACGUGACCGGCCAUUACAGAUCGCACUCGCAGACAGGCAGCUCUCCCAACAAGGCCGCCACGCGCAAACUGCACAAGUCCAAGGUGUCGCAGACCUCCAUCGAGUCCUUUUCGCUCCCUAAAGGAGAUGAGAGUAGAGAGAUUAGUCCUGAGACUGAUAAGAAGUUGGGUGAGUAG